AAACAAUACAACUUAUAUCUUCUCCCAAUCUUUUCACCAGCUCCUAUCCUGCCUCCACCCUCGCAAACCCUAUACCUCCUAAUUCAUCCCACCAUCCUCGAAGAAAAGCACUCAAAAUGAAACUCCUCACCUACCUCCUCCUCACCAUCUAUGCCACGACCGCCCUAUCCACCGAUAUCAGUGCCGAAGAAGAGUGCGGCUCCCUCGGAGUAAUGAAAAUCGACCCAGCCGAUCUCCCAGAAGGCGUCACCCCCGCGGAUGUGCGCAAGUGCGCAGAUCAUCCGCUGGGCCAUCUGUCGCACCCCGAUGCUGCUGCAGGUAGUGUGUUGCAGCGGCAAAGGGUUGGUCAGAUUCCAUGAAUGAUUUGGAGGUAUGAUGUCGUGUUAUGGACGAAGGAAUGAUUUGAACUGCAGCUCUGCAUCUGUGAGAGCUUGGGCGGGUGACAGCCAUCUAAGGAAAGAAACUUGUAAUGCAGGACUGUCCAGUCCACCAG